AUGGCGUCUCCCGUCAAGGCAGAGAGCUCACAGCGCCGAAAAUCGAGCCAAGAGCGGCGUCAAGCAGCAUGCGAUGAUCCACCCCGACAUGGCAUCCGACAUGUGGUCGACCAGCCGUUCCAGGCACAGCAGACCGGACCUCGGAAAGAUUCCGAUCAGCUUCGGAAGAUCGGCGCCGAGAGGACGUCAGACGGUCACGAAUAUUCUGUGGCUAUCGGAGGGCGCAAAGCGUCCAAAGAGCCGCAGCACCCCGUCGGCAUUUCUAGGCGGGCAUCCGACGAACUGAAUCCGCGAGCUGUUCGAAAAGUGACCGCUUACGGACAGCAUCCUCAGACGCAGCACUCUCGGUCCGUGCCGACCUUGCCGGACUCGUCGGGUCGAGCCAGCUACAUGGAGUCCAACACGCGCUACAGCAGCGCCGCAGGUUCUGGCACCGAGAGCUGCCGCCGUACGUCUUUGCCACCUGCCGUCGUUGCCGCGGCAGCGGCAGCCUUGAACACUCCGUCCUCGGCACGUCGGACGUCCCUAGGCAGCCGCAUAUCGAGUGGCGCCAUGAAACCUUCGACCAUAAUCUUCUACACCCUGGUCGCCGUGCUGUGCUUGUUGGUGACUCUGGCCGUUCUGUUCUCCUUGCUGUCGUCGAUCCUGGACAGCGGCGACACGGACCAACCAGCUACGUGCACAACCCACGCGUGCCGCGAGUACGCUCUGCGGCUCAUCGCCUCGAUCAACUCGUCGGUAGACCCGUGCCACAGCUUCACGCGCUUUGUGUGCGACGGCUGGCGGCGUCGCCAGUUGUUUGGCGUCCAGGAGGAGGCCUUUGGUGCCGCCAACGAGAGGAUCGCGCGCAUCGUGCGCACCAUUGACGUACCGCCUACGGGACAGAACCCGCUCCAGAGGGCGGCCAUGUUGUACAAGAGCUGCGUCGCCGUGCUGACAACACCGACGGGCGAACUCGACGCCGUGAAGGCUGCACUUCGCGCCGCCGGCGUAAUGUGGCCUCACCGACCGCCACCUGCAGGAAGGAGGGACCUGCUGCGCAUGAUGUUCCAUUGCGACUACACGCUUGGAUGGGGCGCCGUGUUCCGUGUGGACCCCGAGUUGUACGAGAAUUCGACCAAGGCGUACGUGCUAACCGAUUCGGGCUUCAACUUCAUCGUGCGCAAGUACAACGAACGGAGCACGCAGGCGCACCGCGUGCACUAUUUCACUCGUCUUCGGAACGCGUUCAGAGACACGGACGAAGGAGUGGCGGAUGUCGUUACCUUCGAGGAGAUGCAACAGCUGGAUGACAAGAUGUUCAGUCCGCUGAUAGCAGACUUCUACAGGAACGCUCCGAAACCCACGAAGAUUCCGGAUGACGUGGUGUACAGCUCAUCGGCCAACCUGUCAAUGGACCGGUGGACGGAGGUCAUGAAGCGUGAAAGAGUCGUGAUGGUCGGGAAAGUGGAAUUCCGCACGUGGAACCUGCCCUUCUUCAGCACCUUCGUCAGCCUGUUGGCGCGCCACGGGGAGCUGGACAUGUACGCCUACGUAUCCUGGUGCACGGUGCAGGUGGCGGCGCUAUUUGCCAAUGGUGAACUCAUCGUUAACUUCUACGGACAUCCACAGCGAGCGCUGAUCUUUCACGGCGCCUUCUGCCUAAGCCGCGCCUACAUCGCCGCUGGCAAGGCGCUGUUGAAGAACUACGCCCGCGAGAUACUACCGGCGGUGGCACGCUCCCAUGCGGAAUCCCUCACGUUGAACGUGCAAACGGCAUUUUUGGAACGCCUGACCACCUGGGCCGACUACAAUGCCGACGUGAGCAUGAUGAGGUCGUGGAACUCCACCUUGCUGUCUUUCAGCAUCUUUGCGCCGAAGCCCGAGAAUGAGUUCCCCGACGUCAUCGUUGGAGAGAUGGGCGACUCGUUCCUGCAAAACUGGCGCAACGCUUGGUUGUCGCGUACCUUCUUCCGCGGCUUCGACAUCAAGAUCGCCAUAACGGCCAUCGAGACGUUGGCAUUCUCUUCCGACCUUGAGUAUAGAAAGGACUAUAUCUUGCUGCCAUACGUCUUCUCGUUUCCCUACUACGACAUGAACGCCAUGGCUUCCAUCAACUACGGAGGCUUUGGCACUCAGGUGGCCUUCGCCGUGGGCCAAAGGCUUCACAGUACGUACCUCAGCGCAGACGCCGGGGGCGCCUCGUUCAGCACGUUCCUGUCGUGCAUCUCGAACGUCUCGCUCUCCACCCAAGUUAAGGAUGCACCUUCGCUGUUUGCCGAGGUCGCCUCCCUGGGCGCCGUAGUCGACGCGUACCGCAACACCAGCGAUACCCAACGCCUCGUCCACUUGGAAGGUCUGACGGGCGAUCAGCUGCUUUUCAUCGCCAUUUGCUACGCCAAGUGCAUCGGAAGCUAUUACGUCGUCCACGAUUUGAUGUGCGACGCGGUGCUGCAGAACUUGCCGGAGUUCUCCGAGGCCUUUCAUUGCGCGCCAGGGACACCCAUGAACCCGCACCAGCAGUGCAGACUUCUUUGAUGGGAGCCUCUUGGUUUGGGACGCAUGCAUGACAGAUGCGU